AUGCUAUAUCAUUAUAAAAUAAUAUCUGAAGCAUUAUUUUAUAAUAAUACAAUAGGUCUUUAUAGAAAAAAUAAGAGAGGUAUAUACUCUAUUGGUAUAGUUUUGGAUACUCUAUUGUGUAUAGUAGCCGCUUUUGGACUUUUUGUUAUUUUCGUCGCGAAACAUGCAUCUCUUUUGAGGCUCUACGUUCGAUUUGUUUAUGCUCUUUUAGUACUCAGAUCUUUGGGCUUACUUUACAUUGUUAUUAUUAUUGCUUCAUUUAGAAAUGAUUACAUGAACUUUUGUAAAACGAAUUACUACAAUAAUAAUGCCGAUGAAAGCAAGUUGAUUCGCGGUUGUAAUAUUUCAUAUAUUAGCUUACUAUUGGGAUUCAUAUUUUUAUGUGUUUUUGUCAUAAUUACUACGAUUUAUUUUGCCAUGGUCAUUAAUGCUUAUGUGGAAAGACGUCAAGCUAAAGAAGAAGGUGUAUACGUUUCAUCUACAGUUCUCGAAAUAGCUGGAUCAAAGCCUGAAAGUUAA